AUGCGGUUCUCAAGUGUACUCCCCCUCUUUGCUGCGACUGCCCUCGCGCAGUACAGCACCCCGCCGACCAACUCGAGCUCGUCCGGACCUGACAAGGACGGCAAGUACGAGAUCUCGUCUGAGGGCAUUCGCGGUCACUUCAUCCCAUAUGGCGCGUCCAUCUCCAACUUGUUCGUCAUGGGCAAGGACGGUGUUGAGCGCGACAUUGUUCUCGGCUUCGACAACGCGACUGCUUAUGAGGGCGAGGUUCACCCCCAUUUGGGUGGUGUGCCCGGCCGUUACGCCAAUCGCAUUCGGAACUCUACCUUUUCCAUCGACGGCGAGCAGUUUUUCAUCGAGCCCAACGAGAACAACAACAACAACACCCUGCACGGUGGACCGGAUGGAUGGGAUUACCGCAACUUCACUGUUGUGGCGCAUACCGAGGAUUCCAUCACCUUCUCCAUUGUCGAUCCCGACGGCAAGGAGGGCUUCCCCGGUGAGGUCGUGAGCUACGUUACCUACACCAUGACCCCAAACACCUGGAACAUCAAGAUCGUGGCGCUCGCUACCACCAAGAAGACACCCAUCAUGCUGACUUCUCACACCUACUGGAACUUGGACGGAUUCGGUAACCCUGAGGAUGAGACCAUCUUCAACCACACUUUCCACAUCCCAUACUCUGGCCAGCGCAUGGAUGUAGAUGCCAUUCUUAUUCCCACCGGUACUAUUCUCCCCAACGAGCAAUACUCUGUCAACGACUUUUGGUCGGCGCCCAAGCAGAUUGGUGCCAACCAGACUGCGCCCGAGCUUCUCGGCAACUGCGGAACUAACUGCACCGGUUACGACAACUGCUAUCUCGUCAACCGCGACGAAGCUGAGGCUCUCGACUGGCGCAACUCUGGACCUGUCGCUUCUUUGUGGAGCGAGUGGUCCGGCAUCAAGCUCGACGUCUACUCUGACCAAGCCGCGUACCAGAUGUACAGCUGCCCCGGCCAAGAUGGUACUCUACCUAUCAAGUCUACCCAAGGUGCUGAGGGAAGCAGCGGCUACGUUCCCAAGUACGGCUGCGUCGUCAUGGAGGUCCAGGACUGGAUUGACGCCAUCAACCACCCCGAGUGGAGGCGCGAGAAGGAGCAAAUCUUCGGUCCCUCCAGCGGAGCUUACACACUCGAGGCUCAGUACGUGUUCUCUACCACUGAGUAG